AUGGGCAAAUUAAUUCGUCUCGAGUUAUUCAACUUCAAGUCGUAUAAAGGACAUCAUGUUCUUCUCUUUGGAGACUCGUACUUUACUUCGAUUAUUGGACCCAAUGGAUCCGGAAAGUCCAAUUCUAUGGAUGCCAUCUCCUUCGUUUUGGGCAUCAAGUCUUCGCACCUGCGCUCCGCCCAUCUCAAGGACCUCGUUUAUCGCGGCCGAGUUUUGAAAACAGCAAAGAUUAACGACGAUGGCUCUGCUCAAACUAACGGGGACGCCAAUGGUGAUGAGAAGGCCUCCCGCGGUGACCCGAAAACUGCUUGGGUUAUGGCUGUGUACGAAGACGACGCGGGCGAGGAACAGAAAUGGAAGCGCUCCAUCACGAACCAGGGCGCUAGCGAGUACCGAAUCAACGACCGCGUUGUUACCGCCCAGCAGUACAAUGAGUCUCUAGAGAGCGAAAAUAUCCUGAUCAAGGCCCGAAACUUUCUUGUUUUCCAAGGAGAUGUCGAGGCCAUUGCUUCUCAGUCGCCACAGGAUCUGACGCGUCUGAUAGAGCAGAUCUCCGGGAGCUUAGAGUACAAGGCUGAAUACGAAAAGACGCAAGCCGAGUCCGAGCAGGCUGCCGAAAACCAGAACUUCCAGCUACACCGACGACGCGGCAUCAACUCAGAAAUUAAACAGUACCGAGAGCAGAAGAGGGAGGCAGAUAACUUCCAAAACAAAACAGAUGAACGCGAUGCAGCCAUCGUCACACACAGCUUGUGGAAGCUUUACCACUUCCAGAAGGCUAUGGACGACUCAUACGCUGCGAUCCAGGACCAUCAAGAAGACCUCAAAGAGUUGCGCCGUAACGUGGAAUCAUUUGAGAAGAGGCUUGAUGCUGCCAGAAGGGAGCAGGCUGCCGCGAACCGCCAAGUGGCCAUGGUUGACAAGGAUAUCAAGGCCAAAGUGAGAGACAUCGAAGAUAAAGAGAACAGUCUCGUCCCAGUUGAAGAGAAGAUCAACGAAUCCACUGAGCAAGUCAAGGCGCUCCAAGUCCAAGUUGCCAAGGUCACCAAGGAACAUGACGAACAAGUUGAGGUUGUCCAACAGGUCCAGAAGAGUAUCGAAAGCGUGGAGAAGGCUCGUGAGAUAUUCGAGAACGACUACAAGGAACAGAUGAAGAAGCAAGGUCGCGAAGUCAGCGAUGAGGACCGUCGAGAAUACAGCAGACUUCGCACCCAGGCUAUGUCCCGAACAGGUUCCAACCAGGCCAAGCUUGAACAGCUUGAUCGACAGCGAAAGGCUGACGAGGUUACUGUGAACAACUUGAAAGGGAAGGUCGACAGCAUUGCAGCAGCUAUCGACAAGAUUGAGGCAGAACUUGCAAGCAUCGACGAACGCAGAACAUCGGCGCAGACUAUCUCAAAAGAGCUUUCGCAGGAAAUCGAUGCCAAGAAGAAGGAGUUUAACCAGCUUCAGUCGGAACGAGUUAGAACCAACCAGAAGCGAACCGAGCUUGAGGAAAAGCUUGAGGAUGUGGCCCGGAAACUCAGGGAAGCCGAUGACGGCCGUCGUCAAAACGACCGAGAAGCCAGAACGAAAGAAAUGGUGACAUCCUUGAAACGCAUGUUUCCAGGUGUCCGUGGCCGCGUCGGCGAUCUUUGCAAACCUAAGCAGAAGAAGUUCGACGAAGCUGUUAUUGUUGCGCUUGGUAGAGACUUUGACUCAGUUGUUGUCGACUCUGAAAAGAUUGGCGUUGAAUGUGUCCAGUACCUCAAGGAGCAGAGAUUUCCUCCAAUGACCUUUAUUCCACUGGACAACAUCAAGGUCAACGCUGUCAACACUGCUGUCAAGGGAUUCUCUGGCGCACGGUUGACGAUUGAUACGAUUGAUUUCGAUUCUUCCGUUGAGCGUGCCAUGUCAUAUGCAUGCGGCAGCUCCGUUGUCUGUGACUCUCUCGACAUCGCGAAACACAUCUGUUACGAAAAGAAGAUCCCAGUCAAAGCUGUGACGCUGGAAGGCUAUAUUAUUCACAAGGCAGGUUUGAUGACUGGUGGUCGCGGUCCUGAGUCGAAAAACAAGAGGCGGUUCGAGGAGGCUGAUGUUCAGAACCUCCAACGAAUGGCUACCAAGCUGAAGGAUGAGAUCGACCGACUCCCCAAGGCUGACCGUCGAGGUUCCCAAGAAGAAUCCUUGCAGAUCGACCUAUCGGGACUUGAGAGACGGUUGGUGGCCGUCAAAGAUGAGAUGGCAGCGCUCAACAAGAACCAUGCGAGCAAGAAGCGCGAGCUGGAUAACCAAAGGCGACAGCUUAACGAGCUCGAGCCAAAGUACCAAGAACAAGCCUCGCAGCUUGAGAGCACCACAGCCACUUGUGAGGAGUUCCGAGAUGCCAUUGCGCGAGUGGAUGAUGAAGUAUUUGGAGACUUCUGCAGGCGGCUUGGCUACAGUGAUAUUCGUGCUUACCGGGAUUCUCAAGGCAAGCUGGAGCAGGAAGUCUCUGAGAAGCGCAACGAAUUCGAUGUCCAGAAGCAGAAACUGUCCACUAGAUUGGGAUGGGAGCAACAUAGGGUGGCUAUGUCGACCGGACGCAUCGACACAAUACAGAAACAGAUCCGACAUUUAAAGAAGGAGAUCAAGACCUAUACCAAGGCCAAGGAUGAGAUCGAAAACGCCUUGCGCGAGGAACAGGAAGCGCUCGAAGCCCUUCGCGAAACGCUAGACGAGAACAGAUCGGAGCUUGCCGAGAGGAACCAGAAAGUUUCCGAGGCCAAGGUUGAGGUACAAAAACGGUCCAAGGAUAUCGACACACAUCUAAGAGAUAUCAACGCUCUCGAGACGAUAGUCCAAAAGAACAGUUCAAGCAAAUCGGCGUUACUCCGACGAUGCCGUUUGGAACAAAUUCGCAUACCGCUUGUGAAUGGUACUCUGGAUAAUCUGCCCAACGAAGAUGAGCUGCUUCGCCAAGACCCAGAUGCCAUGGAUAUCGAUGAAGAUGACGAGGAGAUGAUGGAUAUGGCUCUCAAUGAUCACGGUAUUGCGAUAGAUUUUGAUGGCCUUGACGAUGAUCUCAAAGCCUCCGAUGACCCGAGUGUCGAAGAUGGUCUAUCAGAGAAGAUCACGAGCCUAACAUCCGAAUUGGAAAAGCUCAACCCCAACAUGCGUGCAAUGGAGAGGCUGGAGAGUGUUGAAACCAGACUGAGAGUCACGGAUCAAGAAUACGAAGACUCAAAGACUGCAGCACAAGAGGCCAAAGAGGCUUUCAGCGAGGUCAAGCAAAAGCGAUAUGACCUUUUCAACAAAGCUUUUAGCCAUAUCCAGGAGCAAAUUUCACAUGUAUACAAGGAUCUGACUCGAUCUGAAGCGUACCCCCUUGGUGGUCAAGCGUAUCUGGAUAUCGAGGAGGAUACAGACAUGCCUUACCUGUCUGGUAUCAAGUACCACGCCAUGCCUCCGCUCAAACGCUUCAGAGAUAUGGAGCAUUUGUCAGGUGGUGAAAAGACUAUGGCAGCGCUUGCUCUCUUGUUCGCCAUCCACAGCUAUCAGCCUAGCCCUUUCUUUGUUCUUGACGAGGUGGAUGCCGCUUUGGACAACGCCAACGUCGACAAGAUCAAGAAGUAUAUCAAGGAUCACCGAGGUCCUGGUAUGCAAUUCAUCGUUAUCAGUCUCAAGGCUGGCCUGUUCCAGGACAGUGAUAGCUUGGUAGGCGUCUACCGAGACCAGGAAGUUAACAGUUCAAGAACCCUUACUCUAGAUUUGCGCCAAUACGCGUGA